AUGGAGUGCCUACAUUCCGGUGUGGCAACACCUGUACACCUGGGGGAUGCAAGAUCGGCCACUGAGCGUCUCGCCAUCUCCUCGGGAAAUGUUCAACUGCUUCCAGUCAACCACAAAGAGGGCAUUGAGAAUCAAUACCCCCUCCCGCCGGUGGACGCCCCUGGGGGGCAUGUCCCUCGUCUUCCAAUCCCAACGCUGAAGCUCGGCUCCAACGAUGGAUCGAACGGUGCAUUUGCUUCGAAAAGAAAACGACACCCGCUCAAGCUGCAUCGACUCAAGCAGCUGGGAAAUUCGGACCGUCCUUAUCUCCAUCAUCCGAAAUACCUCGAAUACAGAUCCCGACCAAGACAGGACAUCGGAAAAGAUGGCAGACCGAUUUGGCCUGACAAUAUCGAGGCUGCCUUUCAAGACGCCCUUGUGCACAUCAAGCCGAUGGGUCGAAAGAAAUGCUCACAGCGAGGAAAGCCUUACGGGCGAAACAUGCUCAUUGCCGAGUGGAUAUACCGAGCCACAGGUCAGAAACGGGAACGUAAACAGGUCUCCAGUCACAUUCAGGUCCUUGAUAGAUUUCUUCAAGGCAUUCCAGAAUGGGACCGGCUGAUCAAGCCUGGCGAUGACGAGGACGCCAGUCAACUAGAAGGUCACAAGUUCUAUCACAACUCUAUCGAGCACAUGGUCAACGAACAAAAGGCAAGAAGCAAAGCGAGGCAACACAGCGAUGGCUUAUGGGACGAUGAAACCAAUGGUCACGCAGAGUCAUUCGUCGGUGAUACCCUCGCAGGCGAUCUGGCUAUUGUGCCGCAUGUUGAACGUCUGAUGUUUGAGAUGUGGGUGAGCUCACCAGUCGACCCUGAGAUCGCCUUACACUACUAUACCGGACUGAAACCCACGAAACUCAUGCCCUUUCCCCUGGAGGAACUGGCCGGAUGGCGGAUGUCUUUCCCACACCUGAAGUCCCUGGUUGAUCACGGCAAGCGUCUCGACAGCUGCGACCUAAUCCUCCUCAAUGCGAGCUUCAGGCUGAUGGACGAUUUCCCACCACGACACUCCAAGCUGGGCAUCUGCUUCGAACUCAAGUAUCCGGAUCCCAUCUGGAAAGAAUCGCAGUCAAACGCCCAGCCCAACAAGUGGUCCUGCGUCACGUACAUGUACCGCGACGGCGCGCUCAUCACCGAGCCAACCCGCGAAGAGUGCCAGUCGCAAGACCACUGGCGGGUCCGACCGUUCUUCCAGUCGAAAUGGUGGGCGUCGACGUUCACCGCGCUGACGGAGGCGAAAAGAGUGGCCGAAGAUUCUAAGGACCUUGAAGCCAUCGAGCUCGCCAACGAGCAGUCGCGCAGUUUCUUCCGCGGCCUCUCCAUCAUGCAGGAGAUCUACAUCGUGCGUCCUUCCAACGGCGUCGACUUUGGCGCCGACAGCACGAAGCGGAUGUCGCGGAAGAGGACGGCCAUUCUGCUCUGGCAGUUCUCCCAAACGCCGGCGGACAGUGUCGGUGCCACGACCUGGCAGAACUUGAUACCCCCACCGGAUCGCCUGGCCACGAACAGCCCGUUCCCGCACGGCGCGGAAAUGAGCCUGCCACCGCUCUCGAUGGACUCCAUGGUCGACUUUUCCCCUGCUGGCGGCGCCAGGUCGUUCGAGAACCAUCAUGGCCACUUCCAGCCCGAGAACAGCAUGUCGUACGGCCUGUACCCUAAUGCGAUGGACGAGGAGCUCUGUCAGGACGGAUUCAUGGCCUUGAAGCACGAGCCCGUCGACGACUUUGGCCACUUGCAGUCCUCGUUCGACGUGGGUUCGAAUCACAAUUAUACCGGCCUUGAACCCUCCAUCCACGAUACGUUCAACGUCCCGCACGCCAGCCUGCCGCCGUGGCCGCCACAAGUUGACGAGCAGGAUGAGGCACUGCGUCGAGCGCUCCUCGCAGCAUCGGACAUCGACGUCGAUGCCGCGGCGCCUCCACCACAUGGGCCACCGACGCCGCGCCCGCGACAGCAAUAA